AUGAAUGAGCAAGACUCAGCUGGCCCUGAAGCAGGAAGAGGCCAUGCCAUGGAAACGGGGAGCAGUGGGGGAUUCUGGGAAAACUCCAUGCAGAAGAUCCUGGGUGAGGAGGACACCCUUUCCUCAGAGGUGCAGAGCCAGCAGCUCAGGCAGUUCUACCAGGAGGCCAAAGGACCUCGAGACGUUUGCAGCCAGUUCUACCAUCUUGACCAUCAGUGGCUGAAGCCAGAAAGGCACACGAAAGCUCAGAUGUUGGACCUGGUGAUCUUGGAGCAGUUCCUGGCUGUCCUUCCUCUGGAGAUGGAGAACUGGGUGAGGGAAUGCGGAGCGGAGACCAGUUCCCAGGCGGUGGCCCUGGCCGAAGGUUUCCUCCUGAGUCAGGCAGAGGAGAGGAAGCAGGCAGAGCAGCAGGUGAGAGAGACUUUCCUCUGGAUACUCCCAAGGGGCUCCAAAGAGGAGGGAGAGUAUUCCCAAAUCAUUUCCUAAUGGCCCCUCCUUUUUUGGAAAGCAUCUAGGAACAGAUCUUCUUCUUCUCCUUCUUGCUCUUCUUCCUCUUCUUCUUAUUAUUAAUACCACACCCAUGUGGCUGGGUGCCUUGCAGCACAUAUAAAAGCAUAAGAAGACAUCAGAUGUCUUCUAAAAGCUAUGCAGUUUCUUAUCUCCUUAUCACCUGAUGGGAGGGCAUUCCCCAGGGUGGGUCCCACUGUGGAGAAGGUCUUCUGCCUGGUUCCCUGUAACUUCACUUAUCACAGUGAGGGAAUCAGCAGAAGACCCUCGGAACUGGACCUCAGUUCAUGGAGACGCUCCUUUGGGUAUACUGGGCCUUUGAGGCCAACACUUUGAAUUGUGCUGGGAAACGUUCUGGGAGCCAGUGAAGAUCCUUGAGGACCAAUGUUUCAUGGUCCUGGCAGCCAACCCCAGACACCAGUCUAGCAGAAGCAGGAAGCAGCUUUCACCUCUCUCCCCCGAAAGCGCUUGCCUCUGCCAUUCCUUCUCUAACCCUUCUCCCCAUUCUUCGUUUUGAAUCCUUGUUGCUCUUUCAGAGGAAGGAUCUUUUGGCAGAAAUGGGUCUUGAUUCUUCUGAGGCAGAGAAGACUCCGUUGGACGCCAGAGUGAGGCCUCUGGGUAAGGAGGAAGGAGUGUUUUCUCCCCCGUUUUGUCACAUUCUCUUGGUUUUGAAACUAAUCUGUGAGUUCUUUACAUCUUUUGGGGGAAGACACCUGGAGCCCAGAGCUCGGGGAGGGGGGGAGAUGUAUUUUUGCACAACCAAUAUAUGAAAUGGGUACAAAUGAGUCCAAAUGUACUCAGCAGGGGAGACUUUUACUGCAGCUGGUUCAAUUCCACAGUUUAUGAUCUCAUCUCUUCCAGCAACGCCUGUACAUUAGUCCAAAUUGAGCUCUAAUUGACAGGAGAACCUCUGCUUCUUAAUGGCAGCGAAGGAGGGUUUUUGGCAGACGAAGAGCUUUUGCACUCAGCGCCUCCCUGCCUCCCGCAAUCCAUGCCGGAGCCGGAACGUGGUACCGAGACAAACUGGGAGUGAAGCCCGUUCCCCCCUGUCCCUGGGGGCAACUUGCAAGGAGAAUUACCCUCAGUCAUCCUUGUUUUUCCUUUGCCAAUGAUCUCCCGCUGCCUCCAUUAAAGCAGAGCGGAACCGGAAGCUAGCAGGGGAGACUUGGACAAGCCCCAUCUGCACUUAGAGAUGCACUUACAGUUUCCCACUUACAUUUUCUCUCCCAGGAGACGGAAUGAUGCCACCAAGACCUGCUCCUUCAUCUUUUCAUGGUGGUGGAGGGGAGGCAGCAGCUGUGGACCCAGAUCAGGUAGGGGGAAGGAGCCUUGUGGGGAAGGACUGCUUGGAUGCAGACUGGCUGGACACAGUUGGAUGCAGAGGAAUGGUGGGAGGAGCCAGAGAAGAGGGAGCCGACUGGGAGGAGGAGGAGGAGGAGGAGGAAGCUGGAGAGGGAAGAGGGCUCAGGGAGCAGAGGGAGUCUGUGGCAGAGAGCAGCCCAGACUCCGAGGCAGAAGCUGCAGCAGGAGAGAGGGAUGAGGAAGGCAGAGAGGGGUCUGGCCGCUGUAGAAAACAACAGAGCCAAGUGAAUGUUCUCUAAGAGGACAGCCUUUUCCUGUUCUGUUAGGGUCCAGUGUGCUUUGAAGAUGUGGCUGUCCAUUUCACAGACGAGGAGUGGGCGUUGCUGGAUCCUGACCAGAGAGCUCUCCAUAAGGAAGUCAUGGAGGAGAAUCGUGGGAUCUUGGACUCUCUCGGUAAGGCUCCCUAUUGGAUCAUCCUAUCUGUUUUGUAAUUCAAGACAUCUCUCUAUGUGACGAACCUCUGAUAUUUCAAUGGGGCUCAACAGCGCCACCCACAGCAACUGGGAUGUUAACACUCCCACAGCAAACCUUGGAUGGAUGGCUAUUAAUUGUUUUCCCUGUGAAUAUUCUUCCUCCAGUUCUGUCGUUUAAAACCAUGAUCAGGCUGUCUGAACUGCCCAGGCCUUCUUAAAUGUAGGAUUCAGAGUGAUUUUUGACCAAAGAGUUGCUUGACAGAUUCCACGACUGAACCAAACAAACUCCAUCCCAGAAAAGAGCCAGGCUUUUUGAAUCUCAGGCAGUGAACCCUGUAGUAACAAUAAUGAUAAUUUUAUUAUUUUCACCCUGCCCAUCUGAAUGGGUGGCCCCAGCCACUCUGGGCAAAUUCCAACAAAUAGAAAAACAUAAUAAAACAUCAAACAUUAAAAACUUCCCAAUACAGAGGUGCCUUCAGAAGUCCUCUAAAAGUUGCAUAGUUAUUUCCUUGACAUCUGAUGGGAGGGCAUUCCACAGGGUGGGUUCCCCUAUCGAGAAGGCCCCCUGCCUCGUCCCCUGUAACUUCUCACAAUAAUGUAACAUUUAAGUACAGUGGUACUUCGGGUGAAGAACUUAAUUCGUUCUGGAGGUCUGUUCUUAACCUGAAACUGUUUUUAACCUGAAGCACCACUUUAGCUAAUGGGGUCUCCUGCUGCCGCUGCGCUGCCAGAGCACGAUUUCUGUUCUCAUUCUGAAGCAAAGUUCUCUUGCGGGGGUCCAAUUAGUGCCAUUGCCUUCCGUUAAGAGUUUGGGUGUAAUCAUUGACGCCUCCCUUUCCAUGGAGACGCAAGUUACAGCAACAGCCAAGGCGACGUUUUUCCACCUUCGCCGCAUCAAGCAGUUGGUCCCUUACCUUUCCUGCCCUGACCUGACCACAGUGAUCCAUGCGACGGUCAUCUCCAGGCUUGACUACUGUAAUUCACUCUACGCGGGGCUGCCCUUGAAGCUGUCCCAGAAACUCCAGCGGGUGCAGAAUGCUGCAGUGAGGCUCCUCACGGCGUCUCUGCCUUGGGAGCAUAUUCACCCAGUGCUUUUCCAGCUGCACUGGCUCCCGGUGGAGUACAGGGUCAGAUUUAAGGUGCUGGUUUUGACCUUUCAAGCCCUUCAUGGCCUAGGCCCCUCACACCUACAGGACCGCCUCUCCCGGUAUGCCCCACGGAGAGCCUCAAGGUCCAUAAAUAGCAACACCCUAGAGGUCCCGGGCCCUAAGGAAGUUAGAUUGGCUUCAACCAGAGCCAGGGCCUUUUCAACCCUGGCCCCGGCCUGGUGGAACGCUCUGCCUCAUGAGACCAGGGCCCUGCAGGAUCUGAUUUCUUUCCGCAGGGCCUGUAAGACAGAGUUGUUCUGCCUGGCCUUUGGCUUGGAGCCAAUUUGAUUCCUCUCUUUCUUUUUUGAUUCCUCUCUUUCUUUUUUCUUUUCCUUCUCCUCCUGCGAGGAGGCUACAUUUUAAUGUUUCAAAAUUUUAAUGUUGUAUUUUAAUAUUGUUUUUAAGUUGUAAUUAUUCAACUUGUUUUUAUUAUUGCUUGUAAGCCGCUCUGAGCCUGGCAUUGGCUGGGGCGAGUGGGUAUAAAUAAAAAUUAUUAUUAUUGUUAUUAUUAACCCAAGGUACCAUUUCUAGGAUAGCGGUGUCUGUAACCUGAAGCAUAUAUAACCUGAGGUAGCACUGUAAGGAAACUUGAAUAAUAAUAAUAAUACUGAUAUUACAUGUUUCUGCUGCAUUCUGUGAUGUCGAGAAUUUAAGAAAACAUCCAAAUUGAUUUAAGGUGAUGCACAUCAUCAUUAAAUGUUUAUCCACUAAAGAAAUUUAAAUUUGGCAGCUGCUACACACAUUUGUUCAAUAUACAAAAUGUGUUUUUCAGCACACAGAAGUUCAUUCCGCUACUCUUACAUCGCCCACCACAAGGCAGCUGACUAUGACCAAGUCAGUCCAGAGUCAAUGUUCCCAAAUAUUUCUCCAGCUCUUAAAAUUUGUUUAGAUUUAUUACUGCAUAUUGAACAACUUAGCAUACUGAAUACAGUCGUACCUCGGGUUAAGUACUUAAUUAGUUCCGGAGGUCCGUUCUUCACCUGAAACUGUUUUUAACCUGAAGCACCACUUUAGCUAAUGGGGUCUCCUGCUGCCGCCGCGCUGCCAGGGCAUGAUUUCUGUUCUUAUCCUGAAGCAAAGUUCUUAAACUGAAGCAUUAUUUCUGGGUUAGCAGAGUCUGUAACCUGAAGCGUAUGUAACUUUAAGUGUAUAUAAACCGAGGUACCACUGUAUAUCUUAAUUUUGGACAGGGAACUUUCUCACUUUGGCCACCAUUUCGAUAAUAAUAAAAGCACAUUUUAUUUAUGAAGAUAGUACAGAUCCAUAUUUAAAUUUGAACAAAAUGACUUUACCAGGUUAAGCUGUACUUUAAAAAACUAGAGAGAGAAAACAUAAUAUUCAACUUGAUUUGUAUACAAAACUAGACAUUUUUACAGAACAAAAGGAACAUUAUAACAUCUAACUCCCUUUGGUUCUUCCCCUGUCCCAAGCAUUAAUUAGCAUUGUUCCAUAAUUUGGGACUGCACUUCUUCCCGAGACUCUAAUCCGUUUGCCUCUUAGUUUCAGGUGGUGAUGAAUUGGAAAUGAAGAACAAGGGAGACCACAACGAAAUCCACAGAGUGGAGGAGCCAAAUCAGGAUUCAGACUGUGGAGAGAGCUUCAGUCAGAGCUCCCAUUCCACUUCCCAUCAAAGAAAUCCCCUUGAGAAGAAACACUAUCAGUGUUUGGAAUGUGGAAAGAGCUUCACUCGGAGUGCCCAUCUCACUUCCCAUCGUAGAAUUCAUACAGGGGAGAAACCAUAUCACUGCUUAGAGUGUGGAAAGAGCUUCAGUCACAGCCACAAUCUCACUUCCCAUCGUAGAAUUCAUACAGGGGAGAAACCAUAUCACUGCUUGGAGUGUGGAAAGAGCUUCAGUCACAGCCACGAUCUCACUUGCCAUCGUAGAAUUCAUACAGGGGAGAAACCCUAUCAGUGCGUGGAAUGUGGAAAGAGCUUCACUGAUAGCUCCUCUCUCACCUCCCAUCAAAGAAUUCAUACAGGGGAGAAACCCUUUCAGUGCUUGGAAUGUGGAAAGAGCUUCAGUCACAGGUACAGUCUCACUGCCCACCGUAGAAUUCAUACAGGGGAGCAACCAUAUCAGUGCCUGGAAUGUGGAAAGAGCUUCAGUCAGGUCUCCCAUCUCACUGCCCAUCAAAGAAUUCAUACAGGGGAAAAACCGUAUCAGUGCGUGGAAUGUGGAAAGAGCUUCAAUCGGAGUGCCCAUCUCACUUCCCAUCAAAGCAUUCAUACAGGGGAGAAACCCUAUCAGUGCGUGGAAUGUGGAAAGAGUUUCAAUCAGAGGGCAAAGCUGUCUUCUCAUCAAAGGAUUCAUACAGGGGAGAAACCCUAUCAGUGCGUGGAAUGUGGAAAGAGUUUCAAUCACAGGGCCAAGCUCACUUCCCAUCAAAGGAUUCAUACAGGGGAGAAACCCUAUCAGUGCAUGGAAUGUGGAAAGAGCUUCAGUCAGAGUGCCCAUCUCACUUCCCAUCAAAGGAUCCAUACAGGGGAGCAACCCUAUCAGUGCGUGGAAUGCGGAAAGAGCUUCAGUCAAAACCGCAGUUUCACGUCCCAUCGUAGAAUUCAUACAGGGGAGAAACCAUAUCAGUGCGUGGAAUGUGGAAAGAGCUUCAGUCACAGCCACAAUCUCACUUCCCAUCGUAGAAUUCAUACAGGGGAGAAACCAUAUCACUGUUUGGAGUGUGGAAAGAGCUUCAGUCACAGCCACAAUCUCACUUCCCAUCGUAGAAUUCAUACAGGGGAGAAACCAUAUCUCUGCUUGGAGUGUGGAAAGAGCUUCAGUCACAGCCACGAUCUCACUUCCCAUCGUAGAAUUCAUACAGGGGAAAAACCCUAUCAGUGCAUGGAAUGUGGAAAGAGCUUCAGUCAAAACCGCAGUUUCACUUCCCAUCGUAGAAUUCAUACAGGGGAGAAACCCUUUCAGUGCGUGGAAUGUGGAAAGAGCUUCAGUCACAGGUACAAUCUCACUGCCCACCGUAGAAUUCAUACAGGGGAGCAACCAUAUCAGUGCAUGGAAUGUGGAAAGAGCUUCAGUCAGGGCUCCCAUCUCACUGCCCAUCAAAGAAUUCAUACAGGGGAAAAACCCUAUCAGUGCGUGGAAUGUGGAAAGAGCUUCAUUAGAAAGCACAGUUUCACUUCACAUCAAAGAAUUCAUACAGGGGAAAAACCCUAUCAGUGCAUGGAAUGUGGAAAGAGCUUCAAUCGGAGUGCCCAUCUCACUUCCCAUCAAAGGAUUCAUACAGGGGAGAAACCCUAUCACUGCUUGGAAUGUGGAAAGAGCUUUAAUCAGAGGGCCCAUCUCACUUCCCAUCAAAGGAUUCAUACAGGGGAGAGGGGGCCGCUAGGGGCUCAUUGGAAGAUGGCCGACAAUACCAUCUCUCCGUCUCACACGAGGAAAUUAAGAGGCUGA